CAGGGGCAGAGAAAAGUUUUGCUUUUCAUCGACGAAGCGGACCAAAUCGGUGGCGAUAACUUUGUUAGUGGUAUUCGUAAAGGAUUCGGUCAAGGGGGCAAGGAACUAAAAAGUUUAAUGGGUGAUGCCGUUUUACGGUCCGGUCGCUUAGAAAUCAAUUUUUUUAUUGAUAUUCCUAAUGAGGAAGAAUUAAAGGAAAUUAUUGAAAUUUACGUCAACAAAUUUUCCGAAGAAAUUGAUGGGGAUAAGAAGGAUAUAAUUGAGAAAAUGUUUAAGAAAGUCCAGGGCAAGAAAUUUACGGGAGCGGAUUUUGGUCGAAUAUUUGACAUAAUCGAAUACACCAAGGACAAAAUGAAAAAAGAAAAAUACGACUG